AUGUCCAGGACUGAUAAGGCGGUUGUUCCUAUGGCAGCUGGUCAUCCCUUGCCUCUGCCUCCCUUAUCUUCUCGUCUUGCUCCUUGCGGCUCAGUAUGCCCUUUACCAUGGGGUAGAAGGACUGUGAGCCACGAAAGGAGGCUGCCUCGAUCUAAUCGUGUGAAAUCUGAUCAGAAUCCCGGAUGGGAUGCCUUUCGGGCAUAA